CCGGUUUGAGAAAUAGAAAAUCAUUUCACAAUUUUUUUGUUCAUGAACUCUAUUAAUGUUCUCGUCUUUCUCGAUCUCGUACCUUGAGAUGUUCAACAAUAACUCAUUGGAUGUGCUUAACCUACCGCCCCGUAUAUAUAAUCCCGGGUUUGAACCAAACAUUGGAGCUGUUGUUAUUCAACAUUUCGAAACGCAUUUGGUCAAAAAAGUUGAGCUCGCACUAGGGGAGGAACAGUUUAAUCUAAUUAAAGCCUCUUUCCUUGGUCCUAUUAUUGAACUAGCAAAAAGAAGUGGAGUUAAUUUUUCGGGGAAGAUUUUCCACUUCUUGAUGCAGCGAAGGUUGCUUUUAAAGGAGAAGAAUCUCUGGUUCACAUUUGACUCCCAACCAAUGCGAUUCUCUGAGAGAGAAUUCUUGCUUACCACAGGUGUUCAGUGUGACCUGAUUGAUAGUGAAAUGCUUCGAAAAGGCAAAGCUCCAUCAAAAGCUCCAUAUUUCUGGACUCAGAAAGAGCAUUUUACGCUGGAACAACUCCAAAAACGUUUGUUUGAACCAAAUCAGCUGCAUCCGCUAGAUGCUGAAGAGAAACAGAGUCUAGGCACAUAUGAAGUAAAGGGAUUUGCAAUGGCGAUACUACUAUGGGCCUUCAGCGCAGUUCCAUCUUUGGGCUCAGCGUUUGCAACAGAAUGUGUUACAUCGAGAUCUGAGUAUCCUUUGUGUUUGAAAUGGGAAACAACUCAAACACCAAGAUUUUCUCAUGUUGUCGAUGUCGUCAAAAAAAUGAACUCAGUCAAGGUUAAUACAGUGAUUGGAAACCCGUACGAAUAUAGCUAUUUAGUUGCUAGUUCGCAUGAAGACGACAUAGACUUCGAAGAAAUUGUUCGUCUUGUUCAAAAAGGAUACAGACUCAAAGCAACUGAUUGGAGUGCUGGAUUUAUUGAUGUUUUUACUGUAUUACAAGAAAUAGGGGAACAAACAAUGAAUAACAACUUGUCUGACAGCGAGAAACUCGACAAGAUCCUAAAUUUACUUCAAGACUUCAACAGGAGGAUUGUAGUAAUAGAGUAUGUUCUUAAAAGCCGUCUUGAAAAAGAUGAGACUGAGAGAUGCGAAAAAAAGAGUCUGAUAUACAAGAAGAAACAAGUGCCAGAACAGAAGAGGUAUUGCCCGAAGAGAGUAGUGCAGGAGAAGGCACAAGAGAGACAAAUCGUAGGACCACAGACUCAUGGUAUUGAGAAAGCGUCAACAAGUGGGGUUGAGCAGGGAGAAGACGGUUUCACGUUGGUUCGAAAAAAUGGGAAACGUCCGGGAAGUUUGGUUGGUGCCGCCGGUGCGCAGUCUGACAAAGCUGGUCCCAAUAUAGAUGGUGAUAUUGGUGUUGAUGGUGAUAGCAGAGAAGGUGAUGAAUGUGGUCCAAGUAGAGAUGGUGAUAUUGAUGUCGAUGGUGAUAAGAAAGAAGAUGAUGAAUGUGGUCCUAGUACAUUUGAAGAUUCCAUUCGUGAGCCAAACACAGAGGACGGGAGCUAUGCUGGAGAUGAUGAAAACAGCCAGAAGAUUCGUUCUGAAGAUGAUACAGCUGAACCUACAGCAAAGGAUAAAACCCCUACCCCAUAUUUCUCUACUCCAAAUUUCAAUAUAAUCUCUGAAGAUAGUCAGGAUUGUGGGAAAGAUGUCUCCAAUAACAAAAAGGUAGGUGAGAGUAGUGCAAAUAAGGGUAAGGAUAAGGAGAAGGAAGGAAUUUCAGUUUCUGAAACAAACAAUGAGGCAUGUAAGAAAAGUUCUGAAAGUAAGAAGUACUGUAGAAAGAAGAGAUAUGUCAGAGAAAGAAAAGAGACAAAUAAGCGUAAACAAGGGGACAAUUCUUAUAAUGAUAUUCCUACAAGAAAACAGCCUCAGAGAAAAAAAUGCAAAAAUAGUGACAAAGUUGCUGCUGAUCUUGGAACAAGAACAUGUGUUCAAGAAUUAGGGGAUAAAGCUGAUAAUGAUGUUCCACUAAAAACUAGUCAACAAGAUGUAGAUAAUAAAUCAGAAGCUUAUGGUCCAUCAAGAAGAAGCCAGCGAAGUCAAGUGCCUUCCAUUUAUUCUCAGCCACCUUACACGGCAGAGAAGAAGAAGCACCCAACACUUCACCCCUUUGCAAAAGUUGACACAAAAAGGGUGCUAACAGUUGGGGGAAUCAAAGUAGAUUCCAAAUGGUUCACAACACUAGAAACGCAGGGGAAACCAAUAUCAGGAUCGCAUGUUGAUGCAGCUUUACACUUGAUCAAAACUAGAAGGGAAAAUCAUCCAGAAAUGUACCUUAACAAAACUGUUGUUUUUGUUGGAUCAUCUUUCUUAAAUGCGAUUGACGAUGAGUAUGCUGAGUUUGUAGUCGCAAAAGAUGAUUUUCAGUUUAGUUCUGAAGAGAUAAGUAAGCUGGAGAUUGGAAGCAAGACAAAUUACAUAUAUGCUCCUAUGUGCUUGAAAGGAAAAUGUUGGGUUCCAGUAGUGAUCAAUAUCGAGAGAAGGUCUUUGAUCAUUCUCGAUUACGCGACAUCAUUUGUUUCAGAAAAUGUUAAAAGGAUGCAUGUGGUUGCAUAUUCUGUUGCGAUGCUGUACAUUUUGCGCAAGCUCCUCAACAAAACAGAUAUGGAUGUUUCAUCAUUCAAAAUAUCCGUAGUGGACAAUAUAUCACAGGUAAAUUUUGUGAUAAGCAAUGCGAUGGAUGCUGAUGACAGGGUUAGGUUAGGUGCUUUGAUUCUAGUGGAGGGCAUCUUAAUUGCUUCAAACCCUGUAAACAAGAUAGAGAAAGAACAUCUGGUAAGAGCUAGUAGUUUCACAGAGUUCUGCAAGUAUCCGUGGGCUCGCAUUGUUUACAGGUCUUUGGUGGAUUGCUUGAAGAAGAUAACUCCGACUCAAUUAUUUAGAAACCAAUGUGGGCUUCCUGGGUUUGUUUUUGCAAUCCAGAUUUGGGCUUUAACCGCAGUUGCAGAGUUGGGACAGAAUUUUGGCAGUCGGGUCCUAGAACCCAACGACAAUCGUCCACUGAUUUCGCAAUGGAUGACAACAAAAUGCCCAACUAAGAAAGAAAUAGCAAACGUUACACAGUUUGAUAUUAAACAUAUCAUUGGCGAUCCUGAACAAUAUUCUCAUUUGGUUCUCCCCCCAAAUCCAGAAGACAAGGACUGGUUUGAAGUCUUUGACCUUGUAUUCCAAGGUUAUAGGAUGACCAGGCAACAAUGGAUUCAAGGAUGGAUUGAGACAAAACCAAGGAAAUCAAUGUCUGAUAGUGAAACACUAGAAUUGAUCUACAAGUCAUGUUUAGAAUUGAACAAGAGAAUGUUGGUGGUGGAGAAACAUUUAGGGAUCAAAGCACCUGAUGCCAGGGAUGAUGAAGAAAAGGAAUUCCCAGCUUCGUCAAGUGGAGUUGUUGCUCAAGAAGAGGGAGCCACGGAUGAGGUUCCACAUGCUACUGAAGAAAGCGAUCCACAAUGCUCGAAUGUCAAUGAUAAGGUUUCUCAAAAAAAGGAGAAACAACAUGAAGAGAUGAGAAACAUGGAUGGGGCUCCACAGGGAACUCAAGAAAGUGAUUCACAACGAUCGAAUGUGAAUGAUAAGGUUGCUCAAACAGAGGAGGCACAACAUAACAAGAUGGGACACUCAGAGGAGCCGUCACAAGAGAGUGAUUCACAACAAUUGAAAGUGAAUGAUAAGGAAGAAGAAGCUCGGCUAAAGAAGGAACAUUCAGAUCGAAAACUAAGUGAUAUAGAACAGAAGGAAAUUGAUAAUAGGGUCAUACUCUGGGCUAAAAACAAGAACUUCAUUUUUAUGAUGUCAUCACUUCACCAGAUUAUUUGGUCCAAUAGUUCAUGGGAGACUGUUCAUCACUUCAAUUUGGUAAACAAUGACAAUGAGAUAGGUUUAGCAAAACGUAAAGCACUGCUUGCUUUACAUCCAGACAAACAACAUGGAGCUAGCGCCGAACAGAAGUAUCUGGCAACAAGACUUUUCAGCGUAAUAAAGCAAGAAUGGGAUACCUACAUCAGGAAAAAGAAAGUGUGAAAGAAUGUAGUUAACAUAAGUUCCUUUCUUAUUGUAGUUAUCUUUUAAACCAGUAUGUUAUUUUGUAAAACAGUGAUAACGAAUGUGUUUAUGGAACAGUUUAUUAGAUGAAGAAUAUUGUUAACUAUUGCAAUUAAUAUCCAGCUUGUUU